ACAUUUCCCCCUCGUUUCAAUUUCCUCGCCCAUAGACGAUGUUUGUGUGUUCCUGCUCAUCCAAGAAUUUAUGUUGAAUUCCAUAGAUCUCUUCAAUGCAAUCCAUCUCAAAUUCUAGAACCCGAAGCUGUGAGCCCUCACGCUUGAAUUACAGCACUUUCUUUAAUUUGCCCAGCGCAAAACAUAUAUAACUAUUUCUGUCCAACUCCAACCAGCAGCCAUCAUGGAUCCCAAGACCCAAAAGCCGAAGCUGCCGGUGCAGCAAUUUAUUGUAUUGUCAAUAUGUCGAUUCGCCGAGCCUGUUAUUUUCACCUCCGUAUUUCCAUAUCUUCCCGAAAUGAUACGCAGCUUAGGAGUCAGCGACAACGAAGUCGCCAAAUGGGUCGGAUUGACCUCUGCAAUAUUUUCAGUGUGCCAAGGCCUAACAGCCGUAGCGUGGGGUGCGGUAUCUGAUCGAAUCGGUCGAAAACCAGUCAUCAUAUCUGGUCUCUGCAUCACAAUGUCUUUUAGCCUAUUGUUUGGUUUCUCAACCUCACUACCCAUGGCUAUCCUGGCACGAGCCUGUGUUGGAUUGGGCAAUGGGAAUGUGGGCAUUAUCCGGACCAUUGUCGCAGAACUAGUUCCCGAGAAGGAACUACAGCCCCGUGCUUUCAGCUUAAUGCCGCUGGUGUGGACGAUUGGGAGCAUAUUCGGCCCUGCAUUUGGCGGGGCGCUGGCUGACCCUGCUAAGAGGCACAAGGAGCAAUUUGGCCAUAGCAAGUUUUUCAAGAAGUACCCCUAUGCGUUGCCCAAUAUGGCUGUGUCUGUUUUCUUUAUUAUUGGGAUACUCACAGGCCUGUUGUUUCUUCAAGAAACCCUCGCAUCGAAAAGGGGUCAUCAAGAUUGGGGCUUGACUUUGGGGAAAAUGCUCACAAGACCGUUUGAGAGACGAAAGGAGCAGAAGACCGCUCGUGGCAUCGUGGUAAACGAAGAAGAUGAGACCACACCGCUCCUCACUUCUCGCGAGCCUCAGGCGCAGCAAGGCAGUAAAAAGAGCGACUCUCCAAACUUGCCAUGGUCACAAAUAUUGAUUCCCCAGUCAAAUCUCGUUUUGCUUGCUUAUGCCACUAUGUCCAUGCACACUGUGGCAUUCGACUCCGUAUUCACCGUAUUUUUAAACCAUAAGUUGCAGGACUACGGAAACAACCCGGACGUGAAUCUGCCGUUCAAGUUUUCUGGCGGUUUCGGUAUCGACGCCCAACAAAUCGGAAUUCUUUACACUAUCAACGCCAUAAUCGGCAUGUUAACCCAAUUUUUCAUAUUCCCGCGCGCUGCUCACCGUUAUGGGGUUCUCAACUGCCUCAAAGUCGUUUCCGUAAUAUUUCCAAUGACCUAUUUUUUGACGCCUUUUACUGUGCUCUUCCCCUCCAACGCCUCCCGCCAGAUAGCAGCAUUCCUACUUAUGUGCUCUAAACUUGCCUGUGUGGUGUUCGCAUUCCCAUGCUCCAUCAUCUUGCUGACGAACUCCGCCAAAAGCAUGAGUAUUCUUGGUAGCUUGAACGGUGUUGCCACAAGUGCGUCUGCGGUAGGAAAGGCGAUAGGUCCAGCGAUCCUCGGAGGAACCUUUUCGCUAGGCGUUAAGAAAGGGUAUAUGAUUUUACCCUGGUGGACUUUGGCGUUCAUAGCGAGCCUGAGUGCGUUGCCGGUAUUUUGGUGCAAGGAGAAUGACCAUUUUAGUGAGAGCGCAGAUACGGAUGGGGACGAUAAUGGACUUGUUACUGCAAAUGGAAAUGAGGUAGAGAGGGGUGAGGCAUCCCAUUACCAGGAAGAUACCGAUGGAGAAACUCGAGGAUGGGAAGACCGCGAGACUUUGAAGAAAGGAAAUGCUGGUGGUAAUGGCUUUGUUCGAUCAGAUCAGCAAUACCAUAAGGGCGGGUUGGGAGGGCGGCGUGCGCACGAAAACGGACAGGAGGACGACUGACGGGACAGGGGGGAUGCUUGACCGUCGACAACUCGUCGCCAUUUCUCAAACCCGAGGGGCAGGUUUGCUGAAAAGCAAAGAUCGGAGGCUGCUCAAGCGGUAUACUACCUCCAUGCGUCGUCGCUGGAGGGAAGUCGAAAAAAUUACUAAAUAGUUGACUCACUGGCUGCGGGGUAGGAUUGAGUCACACCUGAAAACCCAUGAGCGAACGAUACAAUCUAACGAAACGAGAUUUUAAGAGCAUGGCCGUCUUGAUGUACUGACGACGUUAUACCUAGGCACAUGAACGACCUUUGAUAUACUGUCGGUGUCAUUGACAGCUGAAAGAUUAGAGAUUUAACUAGAAUUGAGUAGCUUUGAUGUUAUUAGUGAGAAACUUUUUUUUUUGUCUCACAUAGAGCGACUUGGUGAAUAUAUACACGGCAUCAGUGUUUAUACGGCAUACAAUUGAUGCAGGAAAUGUGCAGUAUGAUUGUUUAUGUACUGCUAAAAUAAUUAAUAAUAAUAAUAAUAAGAAGAAUAAUAAGAAUAAUAUUAA